AUGGGUAUCGGGCAAUACAUUGCGCUUGGCCUUUUGCACGCCAGCCUCGGGCUGGCAGGCACUGUUUCUUUAUAUGCCCCUCUCUCCUACAGCGACCACCGUGGCGCACCUCAGCCGGUCUAUAAUAGUACGAGAUUCACGCUGUCCUCAGACGGCACUGCCCCAGCCAUCAUUGUCCUGGACUACGGAAGGGAUGUUGAGGGCUAUGGAACGUUUCAGGUUACCCGGAGAUCGGGAAACACUUCUACAUUCGAGAUGAGCUAUAGCGAGACCCGCGCCUUGUUGGAUAUCUAUAUGGCCGACGGCCCCCUCCCGCUGGCUGCGGCCAUGGACACUUAUCGAGUCAACCGCUACAACAUCACUGACGAAAAGACCUACACGAAUCGUCUUAUCCAGGGCGCGCUGCGAUACCAGAAGUUGAAUCUUUCGAGUGCCGGUCAAUUGGAGCUUUCCAUGGUUGGUUUUAGGCCAGCUGUGGAUGACACUCCCUUGUCUGAGCUCCCCGGGUCUUUCAAUUGCUCAGACCCGGUGCUGAACCGCAUCUGGGAAACGGGAGCCCGCACGGUACAGCUAAAUGAGUUGCCUGCUGCGUCUCUUCCGGAGUUUUGGACCAUUACCGAUGAAGGUGCCCUCGUUGAUAGUCUCGCCCCUCAACCGUUUGCAGCCAACUAUGCCGCGACGAUGACCGCUUACAACCUCGAUUUCGCCGUGAAGCCUAUAACGAACGGCUUUGGCUUUACGGUGCUAAGCGACACCCUCGGCAACGGCAUCUAUAUCUUCGUUGACAUCGCCAACGCUGCGAUCUCCGCGCACGCAGGGUCAUCAGAGCUAAGAAGUACACCACUGGCGUCGGCUGCUCUGCCAUCAAUGAUUACCCUCAAUGAAUGGCAUAGAAUUCAAGCCGCUGUCAAUGUGACUCAAAUAUCAGUCAAGAUCAAUGGAAUGUCCCUGCUCGAUUUCUCGCAGACAUUCGCACUCUAUGGCUCAUUCGGGCUUGGCGCAUCUUUUGGCCACACCGCCAUCUUUACCAAUGUCUCGUUGACGGCGUUCGGUGCGCAGAUGUAUGCGUCAUCACUUUCUGAGAAGUCAGCCCUGAAGGACUUCAUGCUCGGGACAAAUCCACUCCCAGUCAGCGUUGAUGGAUCCCGUCGAGACCGCAUCGCCUACGCGGGAGACCUAGACAUCACGGCCGGCGCAGCAUUUGCCAGCACCAACGGAACCGAGUACAUCAACGGCUCAAUUGCACUCCUCGGCUCCAUGCAGAUGCUGCCCGGCUUCUUCGCGCCCAACGCAAAGGUCCAGCAGGAGCCGAGGACAGAGGUAAUCCCAGCGAACCUCACGGGUCUGAUUGGGUACUCCUUCAGCCUGGCAAGUGCCAUGGCUCAGUACUACGAGCAGACUGGUGAAAUUGCGUUUCUAAAGUACUGGGCCCCCAGGGCCGCCCGACUGUUCGACUGGGCACACUCCCAGACCCUCCCUAGCGGGCUGUUCAACAUCUCUGACGUGGCCCUGGGAGGAGACUGGAACUACUACGAUCCUCCCCUGGGUGGAGUUGUCUCAAAGUUUAAUCUCAUCUAUGCCUACGCGCUGAAGCAGUGGCUCCCCUACCUGGCUGAUGGAGGGUUGAACGACACCAUGUAUGCGCAACGGCUCUAUUCCCUACAAGAAUCCAUCCGAGCCAAUCUUUGGAGCGACAGGCUGCACGCCUUCUACCUCGCCGACUCCCACACAGACUUCUUCUCGCAGGAAGCAAAUGCUCUCGCUAUCCUCAGCGACACCGUGCCCUCGACCGGAAGGGUCUCAGCAAGGACCCUCCUGUCCAGCAUGGCUCGCAGUCUGUUCAUCUCCGCCGGCGCUCUCGCCUUCUCUCCCACCAGCGCUGCAAGCGGCUGGUCGCAGAAGGUUAGCCCAUACGCCUCAGGGUACCAUCUCCAAGCCGCGUUAAACACGCGCGACACCGCCACAGCUACAUACCUCCUACACACCCUCUGGGGCCCCAUAAGUGACCCUGCUUAUGCAAACUACACCGGCUGCACCUGGGAGACGCUGAACACCAACGGACGGCCCGGCCUCGGCGCCCCGACCUCGCUCUGCCAUGCUUGGGGUUCUGCUCCCACGGCCAUGCUGAGUCGUCAUGUCCUCGGUAUCCGCGCAGUGAAUCCCGGCUUCAGGCAGUGGAAGGUCGAGCCGAUUACCCUGGGUCUGCAGUGGGCGCGCGGACGGCAUGCUGUGCCGGGGGGCGCGGUUCAGGUGGACUGGUCCUUUGACAGGGAUGGCCUGCUUACCAUGGUGGUGAACGCCCCUGCUGGUACUAAUGGUACUGUCUUCCUUCCUAGGCCGCUACAGGCGCCUUUGGAACGCUACCGGGUCUCUGGGGCGGCGAGGAAGGUGGGUGACGGGGCGUUUGCUGUGCAGGGAGGAGAGGCGUUUACCCUCCGCCAGAACAGGUAG